UACUCGAUCGUGACGAACACAAAGCUAAUUUUUGACGUUUCGGACCGAUUGGUGCUGAGUGCUAGUGUGUGUGUUGGUGUUGUUGCUGCCGAAUCCACAGUGCGCCAGAGCCAGGAGGCGAGUGUCAUGCCCACGGACUGUGCCGAGUCCUGACGGCUGCCCCUCGAGUGGGCUAGUGAAAAGUGCGGUUCAUCGGGGACGUCCUCGUGGCGGGGGCUGAGGGUGCGGUCUCCCGUCCUCCAGGGCCUCCAAGGCCUCUCGGCGCGGGCCUCUCCUCGCCGGCCUGCUCGUCGUCUAGCCAGGGACCGUCGCCGAGGGCAGCGGGCUCCACGCUGGACACUCUCGUGGACGUGUUCCGGGACGCCGCCUGCAUGGACUCAGACGCGGCGGCCCAGCAGUACGGCGAGGUGAACCAGCUCGGCGGCGUGUUCGUGAACGGGCGGCCGCUGCCCAACGCGGUGCGCAUGCGCAUCGUGGAGCUGGCCCAGCUGGGCAUCAGGCCGUGCGACAUCUCACGCCAGCUGCGCGUGUCCCACGGCUGCGUGUCCAAGAUCCUGGCGCGCUACCACGAGACCGGCUCCAUCCUGCCCGGCGCCAUCGGCGGCUCCAAGCCGCGCGUCACCACGCCCAGGGUGGUGCACUACAUCAAGGGGCUCAAGAGCAAGGACCCCGGCAUCUUCGCGUGGGAGAUCCGUGACCGGCUGCUGUCCGACGGCGUGUGCGACAAGUACAACGUGCCCUCCGUGUCGUCCAUCUCGCGCAUCCUGCGCAACAAGAUCGGGGGGCUGCCCGGCGUGGCCGCCAUGGCCUCCUCCGGGGGCGGCGGCGGCAGCGCGCUGUCGGCCAGCCUGUCGGCCGGCAUCGGCGGCAACACCUCGCCGUCGCACGGCGGCGCGGCGCACCCCCACCUGUACAACUCCCUGUACCCCCAGUACUCGGCCUACGCCGCCGUGCCCGCCGCGUCGCCGGCCUCGCCGUGCAACAACAACAACAAAGGGCCCUCGCCGUCGCCGCCCUACGCCGCGGUGGCUGGCGGCGGCGGCCCGCGGGGGUCGCUCGUCCCCGGCCCCGGCCACUGGCCCUCCAGCCACUCCGUCACGGACAUCCUGAGCGCCGCGCACCACCACCACCUCAUGCGGACGUCCGCGCCCGUGGGGUCACCGCCGGGCCAGGGCGGCAGGCCCGCCUCGCAGGGCGACGCCCAGCAGAACUACAACUACUACAUGUACCUUCAGAGCUGCUCGUCCGGGGCCGGCGCCGUGCCCAACAUGCACACAUCCGCCCUGGCCGUCAUCAACGGCGGCCACCACCAUCACCACCACCAUCACCAUCUCCACCCCUGCCUCACCGGACAGGCCGCCACGCCCUGAUGCCCUGACGCCCUGACUCCCGGAGGCGGCGGUAGCGCGGUAGCGCGGUAGCGCGGUAGCCAGGGCGUAGCGCUGCAUGCCCCAGACGGUGCAGGGCGUGCAGGGCUGCAUUGGCUGUGCGGUGCGCGCUGUGCGAAGGGGACGGACUCGGCAGACAAAGGCAAAGGCAUUCCCGGCGGAGAAUGCGCGCGCCAAGCGCCAAGCGACAAGCGCCACGUCGGGGCCCUGAGGGCUCGGAGGGCCCGCGGCCACCGCGGCGCUGCCAGUGGUGGUGCCCUGACCCUGGGGCCCCGCGCCACGCCGUGCCGUGCCACGCCGCGCCAUGCCGCGAGGAAGCAUCCGCGGCGCCAUGAUCUCCAAUGACCACUCUCGUCAAAAAUGAAAAAAUAAAACAACCACAGCAUGCAAACAUAUCGGAGUACAAGAGAACUUUGUCUUUGAAGGUGCGCGAUGUUCACGAGCCGGAUAGGCCCGACCGAACAUUGUGUGGUCCUUCUAAGCAUGCGUUUGAUAGUGACUUUUGAAACGAGAGAGCCUUGCCAAAGAUUGCGCAAACUGUGAUCAAUUACUUUAUUAUUUAAGGCAAGCUGCUUGUUGUUCGUGUACAUAGUGAUGCCAGUAGGGCCCUACAGAGUUACUUCAGCCGUUCGGCCUCUGGAAUAAAAUAAUUUUGUACUGCAAAAUGGUGUCAUGUUUUUAACCGUGUUGGAUGUGUCAAAACCAAUGGAUUUCUGGCAGUAUUGUCAAAAUGAACUACGCCUCUCUUAUUUUGAUAAAGUAAAGUAUGAGCUUUGAUGAAAAUGUU